ACCAGACCCUGGGAGGGGCUGAAAAUCUCGGCUGCAAGAACUGUUUCCAGUAGAGAUAGUGGUUGUCACACACAGACACACACAGACACACACACAGACACACACAGACACACACAUCCUGGGGUUUCACUGAGUGACGAGCAGUCUGUGGGGGUGGGGGGAUCUCCGAGUGUCACCAUGGAGGUCUCAGCUGUCUGAGGCUGGAGUCUGUCCAGUACAUGACCCCCUGUUCCCACGAUGAGCUGUCUGGAUAUUAUGUACCACACGUAUGGAGCAUACCACCCUUUAUUUCACAAGCACCCAGCGUAUGCAGCACAGGCUCUCUCUGUUUACCCGCGAGUGCAGGGAGUGGAGAUGGAUGGCGUAUCCAGCGGCUCUGGCCGCCCCUUGGCUCCCGGUAAAGAGGAUUCCAUCAGGGACAAGGAGAGACCUGAGGCCGAGUACAUUAACUCUAAGUGUGUCCUCUUCACCUAUUUUAACGGGGAUAUCAGCAGCACGGUGGAUGAGCACUUUACCCGAGCAUUAAGCAGCUACAGCCCUGAGAGCAGGAGCUACAAACCCAGGAAAACCACUUCGGGCUCAUCAGAGGGCACUUCUCUGACUCAACGCAAUUUCCCGGCAUCUUUUUGGGACAGUAAUUACCAGACUCCGGCUCCUUGCCCAGCCUCAGCAGUGAGUAGUAAUAGCAGCAGCAGCAGCAUUGACUCACCCACUUCUGAGCUCCAUUUCAGUUCCGCAGAGCCUUACCCGGGUCCCAUGCACCCUCACCUGGCCCAGCCACCAGAGCACUGGCACUACCCGCUGGGUGCCUCCCUCAGCUCGCAGGGCGCAGCGUAUCAUCACUCCAGGACUAUCCGCGAACUCUAUCCAGUCAACCCCAACCUGGACCCCCGCUACAGCUCCUUGCUGGUGCCGACACUGCGCUCCACCCGACUGCAGCCAGCCAUCUCCGGCCAAGAGACCAGCUCCCCAUGGACAGGGGUCUUCCCAACUGCCGAAGUGACACAGACUUUAAACUUAAACGUGGAAGCAGGUCUUCAGAACCACGACAGAGCUAAGGAUGUGUUCUGGUUUUAGACAUGUUUGGCCACCAGGGUUAAGUGUUCCAGCUGUAAUAAUGUACUGUGAUCUCGGUUACAGCUCAACCCUGCUGUCUUCCUGGAGGACUCCUCUUCAGCUGAUUUCUGGAAGAUUCUGGGGGCGAUAUAGAGGAAACUUCCACAUGCACACACACAAGACAUAGGCACAUUUGUUUGUACAUAUUCCAUGUCAACAAUGGACUUGGGGCUAAGCUCUCUCAGACUGAGUGGGAGAAUACAUGCAAAAAUGUUGUAGGAAAGAGCAUUCGGUGAGAUUAUCCCAUGGAAGGAUUCCUUCAGCUCUCAUGUGACUCUGAAACUGGAAAGCAGAACUGAAAAGAAAUGACAAUCACAGUUUUUAUCAUAAUGAGAUUGAGUUAUCAUUUCCCCACUUUUUGUGAUUUUUUUUGAUGUGAAGAAUUUCGCAGUGAUUAAAGGACAAAAAAAAAUCAAAACGUGCCUCAGUGGAAAUGUGUGUUCUUUGGGUUCUGUUUUUCCAGAGAUUUUGCUAAGAAAGGUCACUUUAUACCCAUGAGUUGGAAUUACUGCAUGUCGCCAAGAGUGGCUCAAAUGGUACCGUGAAAUGAGAAAAAAUAAUUCAAUUUUUAUUUCAACUUCCAAAGUGGAUCUAUCAAGGAGAAAACAAAACUUAUAAGAAAUAUAUUUAUCCAUUUUACUUUCUUAUGUCAAGUAUUGCAAAAGGUAGUGGAGAGGAUUUGAUAAUCGCAUUUUAUGAAAACGAUGGAAAAUGUGGAUGACAAAUUGAUAGAAUUCUGAGGAAGGGUCACUCGACCUGAAACAUUAACUCUGAUUUCUCUCCACAGAUGUUGCCAGACCUGGUGAGCUUUUCCAGCAAUUUCCAUUUUUGAGUGUGACAAAUUGAUUGAGUUGCCUCAUAGACAGAGGAAGGUGAAUUAGUUAAGUAUGCGGUGCAGCUAGAAUGUUUAACUCAGGCUGCAGAUACUCCUGGAGUUCUCAUUCCACGCCUUGUGCCUGCCCUACAGUACUGGCUCAAAAUGAUUAGGUUCCUGUCGUGGAUCGUCUUUGUAAAGGAGAGAAACCUUAUCUUCUGAGAACUGUCCUCUGUAAUUCAACAUCUUGUAGAUCAGCGAAAAAUGUUCGGUCAAAAAUUGCUGUUUCUGUACAGUAUCUUUUUAAUUCAACCAAGCAACUCUGCUGAUCCCGCUCCCUAUUUUGCGAACUGAUAUCUUCCGGGGUUGGCUUAAUCCAAACUCCCUAUGGCUUGCAGCGUUUGGAAGUGUUUUCAGUGUUAAAGAAUGACAUAAGUCCAUUCUCAAUGAAGCAUUGGUAGUUUAACCAGAAGAUCCUCUGCUUUGUAAUAGAGAUUAAUAGUUUUAAUCAAUUUGUUCAGAGGUGAGACUUGAACCGAGGUCUUCUUGGCUAAAGACAGGGACACCAGCACUACAAGACCCUCCAUACAUUAGACAACUUGUUUGGUCAUACAAUGACACGCCUCCAAGGCAGGUGGGAUUUGAACCCAGACCUUCUAUCUUUGAGAUGGGGACACUACCAUUGCUUCAUAAGAACCCUUUUGUGAUAGAGUGUAAUAUAAGACAGAUUGGUUCAGUUGGUGUUGCACCUGCUUUUGACUCAAAAGUUAAUGAAUUCAAUUCCCACUCUAGAAACAUGAGUACGUAAUCCAGACUAACACUUCACUCUAAUACUGCAGGAGGAUGACACUGACAAAGAUCUUUCAAAUCUAGUGUUUUUCUUCAGAUGAAGCAUCACCUUGCUGCUUCUGUGGGUCUGAAAAAUCCCAUAGCACCACUCAAAGAUGAGUGCUGGAGAUUUUCGUCAUCUGCUAGCUGUUCAUUAUCACCUUUACUAAAAAUAAUUGAAUGGUCAGGUGAACACACUAGCCAUAAGAACACUUUGUGAUGAGUUGACAUUGUAAAAAAAGAGUAGUAUAUAAAUGCAAAUAUUUUCUUUGACUUUCUUGAGCUUGCUUGGUUAUUUCAGUCUUCCCUUUGGUUUGUGUACAGUGCACAGGGAUUUUGUGGUGAGCUUCUUGCUUAAAAAUAAAACUACAAUCAAAAUGAAGAAAUUGCUUCAUUGCAUAAUACUCUUCAAAUGUAGAAAUCUAAUUGAUAUUAUAGUUUAUAUAUUACCGAGACUGAUAGUGGAAGGAUCUUGGGCAACUUACUUAUGUACAAAUAUUUUAAUGCCUUCUACAAGCUCUUGCAGAUUUGAAACAGCCUUAAUUACCUGAAACAUCACAUUCAUGGUAUUUGGUGAAUCUUAGGUGUGACUGGUAUUUUAUGAAAUUUCAAGGAACAACUUUUUUUGUUAUUGCUAUCCAGCAUUGCUCGUCUAAAUGGCUCAAUGUAGUUUCAUAUCUAAUCUUGAUUGAUACAGUUUUAAGCCAAGAUGACUGUCAUACAAUCAUGAAUGGUUAUCUGAGCAAACACAUUCUUCUGCACUGGAUGAGUUCUGUGAACAAUAGAUUUUAGCUGCAUUUUUCCUCCCCAGCUGACUCUACUUAGGUCUGCUGUCAUAGUUUGGCUGCUCCUGAUGUCUUCUCUCUCUUCCCAGGAACAGAUAUGGUAUAGCUAAAUACUGUCUACGAUUUCUCCCUUCUGAUUUCUGCAUGUAACUUUCCUGUUGAUAGGGACAUUUAUGUUAACCAUUAACAACGUGACUCCUACUCCCAUAUUCAGUAUCACAAGAAGUUGUAUAGUAUUUAGAAAUACAUCUGACAUUUAAAUAAACACAAGUGUUAAUUAAUUGCUGGCAUGUUUACUGAAAACCUGCCUCUUCCUUUGUGGAAGCCUGAUUUCAUAUAAUGAGCCUUUUGAACGCUACAUACAUUGUCAAAAGAUAUUAGGGAAUUCUUGGAAAAUUAGAUUAUAAAAUCUAAUCCUCUGAACAAAACAAUUUUGUGUAGUUUGUUGCUUUUACAAAGAAAACAUGAAGUCCUUUUAUAGAUAUAAUAAGCUUUAACUAAUGGUGGGUUGUAGUUAACGGGAUCAGUCUUGUUCAGAGUACAUUGGUAAACAUAAAACUGACCUGAGACAUACUAGUGGCAUUACAGACACUGAUUUGAGAGCCAUGUGGAUUUUGAGCUAUAGGAUCCAGCAGUUCCAAGUUAUACUGCUGGAUCUGCUUCAAUUCCUGGUCAGUGAAAGUUGCGAUCUAUAGAGGGGAGUAUAUUUGCUCUGAACAAAAUCCAAAUUAUAAUCAAAUUUCUAACAUUGCUAAAUAGCAAAUAUAACAAUUGUCUCAUUGUCAAUCCAAGAGACUGCAAAAUGAAAACUUUAUAGAGUUUUAAGUGAAGAAGAGCUAGUCAGAAUAUUUAAACAAUAUUUUUUGGCUAUUUCAUUGAUUUAUGCUACUAUUUUAAUGCCAUUGCAGAGACAAAUCCAUUUCACAUUGAUGAAGAACGCUUAGUAUAACUUGCUGCUAUUUUUGCACUACAGGACUAUCCAAAAUGCAAAAUAGGAGUGCCACAGUACUCAGCAAUGAAGUGUUUAACUAAAUAUUAUUACACCUCAUCACUUAAGUGCAUACACAAAAGGAAUGUAAGCCUUGAGAUAUACACAUUUAAAGUGUUUCAUGUCAUUUACACUGGUUUGAUGUGAAUAAAAUUAAUUUUAAUAAGGAGGCAAGUUAUGCUGUUUUUGAGGUGACCUUAUUAAUGUGAGCAAAUGUGCUGUUUCAAAACAAUGACCUGUUUAUUAUGCUGUAUGUUAAAGAAUGUCUACAUCGGAAUUCAAUGUAUUGUUGUAAACACAACAACGUGAAAAUGAAUUUAACUAUUUAUAGGUAUUCCUGUCAUCCAUUUUUAUUAUUAUUUAAGUGUUAAUAUUUUGCGCUUUUGUGAAAGUCGAGCAAAAAGGUGUAUCCCCCAUAAUGCAAAUUAAAACUUUUAUUGUACCAUAGCAUAACGUGAUUAGAAAGAAUGUCAGCUUUGUAUAUCUAGUUUAUACCUGAAGGCAUUUUGUUAUUAUUAAUGCUGCACUUAUUAUAUUUAAUUAACUGUUUAACUGUUGUUGCCUUCCAACUUGACAAAACAUCUAGAUUGUAAGAUUUUGGAUGUCAUAUCAGUGCUUAGUCAUCUAUCUCAGGUAGCUCAAAGAAGUUGAGAGGCCAAAAUAAGGCAAAUUAUACACAGAGUUAGUUUGGAGAAAAUAGGCAUGAU